GAGCCUGCUCAGUGGCAUUUGGUCUUCGCAUAGGUAAAUCCGCGCGCGCCUGGAGGACUUGCUUCCUCUGCCUUGCAAAACUCUUCGCUCUCUUUGUCGUCGGGGCUGCUUCUCGGCGGGCAGAGGAGGUGCAUAGUUCCCAGAGUCUUCCGCUGCAUUGGCUUGACAAAGAAUGGCUGCUGCGGUGGAGACAAACCAGGAGCCUGUGGCUUUUGAGGAUGUGGCCGUGUAUUUCACAAAAGCAGAGUGGGCUCUGCUGGACCCAACGCAAAGAGCCACCUACAGGGACGUCAUGCUGAAGAGCUAUGAGAAUGUGGUUUCUGUGGAUGCAGACUGGGAAAUAUAUCUACAGUCGUACCUUGGAUCCCCAACGCCUUGCAAGUCAAACAUUUUGGCUCCCAAAUCACUUCACCCUUCAAAACCAGACCUGAUCUCCGCCCUGGAGCGAUGGGAAAUGCUGUGGGCACCUGAUCAGCAGGAACACAAGGAGCAUGAGAUCCCACCAGGCAGUAGCUCAGGAGAUGAGCAGGUGAGUGAGAAUACAAAGAAACCUAUUCAGCCGGAAAGUUUCGCCCUGGGGAAGCAAGAAGAGAUACAAAGGACUGAAGAGAGCCAGAGAAAUGGGGAGAGCUCUCGGACCUGCCACAGAGCCGGCCGGCCUCAGAGAAAGCGUCUUGGAAAUCGAAAGGCCAAAGCCGUUCCUGCUCGGAAGAGCAAAGAGCAAACACAAAUCAAGAGCCGACCAAAGAAAAACUCUCCCCCUAAAGCCCCAGACAGAAGACGUGGAGUAGCAAAUUCGGAAAAGUGCCCUGUCUGUGGGAAAACCUUUUGUAACAACACGUACCUUGUUAUACAUCAGCGGUCCCACACGGGAGAAAAGCCAUACAAGUGCUCGGAGUGCGGGAAAAUGUUCAGUUCGCCGUCAAACUUUCGCUCGCACGAGAGAAUCCACACGGGAGAGAAGCCUCACUCGUGCGCAGAUUGCGGGAAAAGUUUCCUACACAAACGAAACCUUCGUGAACACAGACGCGUCCACACCAGAGAGAAGCCACACGGGUGUUCCUACUGCGGGAAGAAAUUUAGCAGCAAAGCACACGUUGCUAGGCAUGAAUACAUCCACAAAGAUGAGCGGCCGUUCCAAUGCUCAGAGUGUGGGAAAGGAUUCAGAGCAAAAGAGCACCUUAUAGUUCACAAGCGGACACACACAGGAGAGCAACCCUACAAAUGCUUGGACUGCGGCAGGAGCUUCAAUUGCUUCUCUAACUAUACCAGACACAAGAAAACUCACGGAGGAGAGAAACCGCAUAAUUGCUCAGAUUGCGGGAAAAGCUUCCGAAAUCGUUCAGAUCUUAAAUUGCACAGGAGAAUCCACACUGGCGAGAAACCUUAUCAGUGCUCAUUCUGUAAGAAAAGCUUUCGUUGCUGUUCGUCCCUCGUAAGUCAUGAGAGAACCCACAGAGCGGAAAAAUCAUUUCCGUGCCCCGAAUGCGGCAAACGUUUAAGUCAGAAAUCGUGCCUUGCUAAGCAUUUGAGAAUGCAUAAGAAUCAAUGCUCAGACUGUGGGAGACUCUUCAGCAAAAGUUCAGCCCUUCAACAUCACCACAGGAAAAAACAUUCAGGUAAGAAGCCUUACAGAUGUUUGCGCUGUGGGAAGAGCUAUGACCGCAGGUCGGCGCUGAUGAUUCAUGAGAGGAUUCACACGGGAGACAGACCUUACGUUUGCUUAGAGUGCGGGAAAGCCUUUAUACAGAAAUGUAAACUUGAGCGACACGAGCGAAUACACACAGGAGAGAAACCAUAUGAAUGCCCUCACUGUGAGAAGAGCUUCAGCGAGAGAGGAAACCUUCUUCAACAUGUGAGAAUCCACGCGAGGAAGAAGCCCUACAGAAGAGGUUCCCGCAAGAUCACACGUCACUUUGGUGAUGCCACCCGCCAUUGCACCCAGCAUGUCUUUGACGAGACACGAUUUUGGCUUUUGGCGCGAUCCCUGGGGAGGCCAGUGAUCUUUGAGGAUGUGGCCGUGUAUUUCACGGGGGGCCAAGGGGCCCUGCUGGACCGCAGACAAAGACAGCUGUACAAAGAAGUCAUGUUGGAGAACUACAAGAACGCCGCCUCGCUGGAAGGAUUUCCAGUCUCCAAGCCUGACCUCAUUGUCCAGCUGGAACGAGGGGAAGAGCCAUGGGUGUCGGACCUUUGGGGGGUCACUGGUACCCCAUCAGGCCAAGGGGAGCAAGUCAGGUUGCUGGAUUCAUAUCCAAGAGCUGUAUCGGGAGACACCAUGCAGGCAGAUGACGGUGGUGACGCCAUCUUGUUGGGCAGCGAGGAGCGCGGAAAGAUCUACCCGGGAGAGACCCCGCGCUACUGCCCCCUCUACGCCAAAAGCUUUGGCGGCACGCCGAGCCGAGAGAGAGCCGUCGCGGGCGACAAACGCUACAAGUGCUCCGAGUGCGGGAAGGGCUUCAAGAAGCGGUCGGCCCUCCUGACCCACGACCGGACGCACACCGGGGAGAAGCCCUACGGCUGCGCCGAAUGUGGGAACAGCUUCAGCAACAAGUCCAGCCUGACGCGGCACAAGAGGAAGCACACGGGCGAGAAGCCCUUCAGCUGCCCCGACUGCGGCAAGAGGUUCAGCCAGAGCUCCAGCCUCAUCCGCCACCUGAGGAACCACACGGGGCUCCGGCCCUACCGCUGCUCGGCGUGCGGCAAGAGCUUCAAGCAAAGCUCCAGUCUCCUGGUCCACAGAAGGACUCACACGGGGGAAACCCCCUACAGCUGCUCGGUCUGCGGCAAGCGCUUCUCGCAGAGCUCCAACCUGGUGAAGCACGAGAGGAUCCACACCGGAGAGAAGCCCUACGGCUGCGCCGAGUGCGGCAACACCUUCAGCAACAAGUCCAGCCUCACCAGGCACAAGAGGAACCACACGGGGCAGAAGCCCUACAAGUGCCCCCAGUGCGGGAAGCGCUUCAAGCAGAGCUCGGGCCUGCUCAAGCAUGAGCGAGCCCACGCGCGGAAGAGCCUCACGAAACUCCCAGAGCCCGGCAAGCGCUUGGACGCCAUGAGAGCCCACGUCGGCGAGGCCUUGUGAAAACGCCUCGCUCCGUUGAGGAAAGGUCGAAAGGCACGAAGCUCAUUGGCGUUGAAACCGUGCGAAGUCAGGGAUCAGGGGGCUGCGGCCCUUCUGAAGUUCCUGGGCUGCAACAUCUGCCAUCUCCGCGACUCUUUGGGGGUGGAAGAAGUUGGAGUUCAGCAACUUUUAGGAAAGUCACAGGUUUCCCCACGUCUGAUACCGCAGGUGUUCGGUUCAGGGCAUGCGCGGCCUGCACAACUGACCCUGAUGCCUAGCUAGAUACUAGUCAAAAGUCCUGCUCUCACAGUCCACACAAGGCUGACAAAAUGGCCGCCACUGCUGACAGGCUGUGGUUGGUUGGUUGGUGUGUGUCGUAGGCCCGGUGGCAGGGUUUUCUGAUGUUUAGCUCUGUUUGUACAUGGGAGGAUUCCCUCCUGGGAGAAAACUUUCAAAACGAGGCAACUGCUCCUUACUCAACAAAGAAUUUCCCAAUGAGGACCUGGAUAAAGGAGGCAGGAACCUGUUGCUGGAACCAUCAGGCGAUUCGAACCAGAGAAUCAUCAGCUUCCCGGUCCAAUAAAGGAUUUUGUUAUCUUCUA